CCGCUACUGGCGGCUCAGUACUGGUAAACAAACCUCAUGCACUAUCCCUUUUAGCAUUUUGUUUUUCACCGAACAUUCCACCGAAGUUGCCAACUAGUUCCGGUGUUGUUGCUACCUGUUGUACCUGCACAAAUCUGUUGUAACUCUACUCACCACGGGUAAUAUUGUGCCUUACUACGUGAAGCAUCUCUUGAUGAAACCUACCCCCGUGAACCCCGUAGUUUCUUCUAAAGCAAGCGAAGCAUGAGUAGAAUUGGAUGUACGACAUAUGUCAUGGUAUCUGACGAAUGAUCCCAAAGGACACGUCUUCUCCUUAAGCAAUGCCGCACGUGAUAAUCCAGGCGGCUAACAAGAAUGACGUAUGUCUGUUGAGGAGAGCACUGGGAGGUAUAAAGCUAGGGGAGGUAAGCGAGGAUGAUCUGAACGAGGCCCUAAUCCGUGCCGCCAACAACGGCAGCACCGCAUGUGUGAGCGCCCUGCUUGCCCACGGGGUUUCACCGGACGUCACCGACAUUGACAACGACACGCCGCUUAUGUUAGCCGCCUGUAACAACAAGACUGAGGUGGUGAAGGUGCUUCUUCAGGGUGGGGCAAGUGUUAACCUAGUCAGUGAUACGGGCCGCACAGCUCUGCAUAUGGCUAGCUGGAACGGCCACACCCACCUGGUGAAGAUCUUGCUAGGGGAGCCCGUGGAUGCUGGGAUAGCUGAUCGGUACGGAGACUCGGCCCUUAUGCUGGCCGCCCUGAACGGUCACGUGGAGGUUGUCAGGAUUUUGCUGGACUCAGGCUGUGAUGUUAACGUGAGGAACCACGAGAAGGACACCGCCAUCCACUACGCUGUCAAAAGGGACUACGGAGACGUUGUGCGCCUGCUGGUGCAGGCCGGGGCCGAGAAGGACUAUCAGAACGCUUGGGGAAUGAGUCCCCUAAUGCUGGCUGCCGAGAGGAACUGUGUGGGAGCGAUACAGGGGCUGCUGAUGGCCAGGGUAAAGGUGAACCUCCAGGGCCCCGCUGGGAGAACCGCCCUACACUUAGCAGCAUGUCGAGGGAACCCCGCCUGUGCCGCUCUUCUCAUCUCACACGACGCACAACCUGACCCCAAGGACUGUGAGGGCCGCACGCCCGUAAUGGAGGCGGCCUAUCAUGGCCAUACCCACAUCGUCAGACUGCUGGUCAGGGCGGGAGCAGAUGUGGACCCAAUCUUCAGUAAGGAAGUAUCUAGCUGUUACAACGAGCCUUAUUUGACGGACGAUUUGGAGAUGGCGAAAAUACUGCUGGGGGCAUCCAGCGAGCAGAACGUGGUUCAUAAUCUUCUCGUUGACCCCAGAUACACUGAGGAUAUGUUCUCCAGCAUAGAGGUGUUGGCCUGGUUGAGGGCUCAUGCGUACACCCCCGAGAGCCUGUUUCAGCUUUGUAGACGAGAGAUUCGGCAUCUCCUCCGCGGAAGGAUGCACGUGUCAUAUUCUCUUCCCAUACCCUCUACUCUUAAAGCUUAUAUCAACAUGUACGACGAUGUGUACAAUCCAAAACUAUAGUUUGUAUCUCUGUGGA